GGUUCGCCGGGGUCAGGCAUCUCCCCUCCACUCCCAGCGGAUAGAUGAUACCUUCCCUCGCCCACGAUUGUUCGGGUGCCUGGAUCGAUUGCUGGUCAAUUGUCGUCCGUCGUUCUUUAUCGUGCACCGGCUACGGCAGUCGCUCCUUUUAGCAACCUCCCAUCGUCUCAGACCCAGCUCAGUUCUCCAUCUUUCCACCCCCAGCCCUCCAGCCUUCCAAACAUUUCGGCUACGUCACAGAAAAUGAGGAUCCGCAUCCGCGGUCCGGCGGGACAGUCCAGCGUCACGCUGGAUUCUGGCGCAACUAUCGACGACCUCCGCCGCCAGAUCACCGACAAAACCGGCUUAGUGAGCUACGAUGUAAAAUAUGGUUAUCCCGAUAUCAGACCAAUGAUGCUAGACGGGCUUCCUCUGGGUCAGAAGAUCGCAGAUCUUGGGGUCAAUCUGCACGGGGAACAACUUAUCGUCACACAGAGAGAGAACUCGACCCCGGCGCCAAACCGAGUCAGCGACGAACCUCCAGCAGCGAAGCAGCCACUGAAUGCGCCAGCGACAGACAAGAUACCGAACAAAGGUUACACUGAUGAUCCGCCAGAGGUUCCCUCGCUCGAGCACAGCGGAACGUUCGUUCUCCGAAUCAUGCCCGAUGACAAUUCCUGUCUCUUUCGCGCGGUGAGCAGUGCGACUAUGGGGGGAGUGGAUGUCAUGACAGAGCUACGAUCUGUUAUUGCGCAGACAAUCCAAGCGAACCCGGGCCUCUAUUCCGAGGCGGUACUGGAGAAGAAGCCGGACGAGUACUGUCACUGGAUCCAGAAUGAGGGCUCGUGGGGCGGUGGGAUCGAGCUGAGCAUCUUAAGCAAGCAUUUCGAUGUUGAGAUUUGUUCAAUUGACGUGCAGACACUUCGAAUCGACCGGUUUAAUGAAGGCGCCUCACUGCGAUGUAUCGUAGUCUAUUCGGGAAUUCACUACGAUACCAUUGCUUUAUCGCCUUCCAGUCCUCCUUUUACCCACGCCGAUGUGCCCCCUGAUUUUGAUACCAAGGUUUUUGAUGCGGCAGAUCCAUUGGUGCUUGAGAAGUCGCUGGAGCUCUGCCAGGUCCUACAAAGCAGGCAUUACUACACUGAUACUGCUGGGUUUCGUCUCCGCUGCAAUAUAUGUGGUGGGACAUUCAUCGGGGAAAAAGGCGCUACUCAACAUGCUGAACAAACAGGUCACGUUGAUUUUGGGGAGGCGAGUUGAAAAGCGCCUUGGUCAAAUCCACCUUGGUCUGUUCCUCUGGGUAUCUAGUUUCUCAAGUAUAUAUUUACAUCCGUAUAUUAUGAGCCCGCAGUCAUUGAGAGACGCGCCCCCUGAUAGUUAGGGCCUAAAAGAUAACAUCUUCCUAAGUGCUCCGACAAACAAAUCCUUGUAUUACUAUACAUGUCUCU